AUGGUCGAAGGCGAUCGUAACCAUACUUCCAACUUUGUGGGCAUCAAAAUGGAGACGAUCCACCAAGAUGGACAGUUCUCUCGUGAGAUCGGUGGAGAAGACCGGACCGCCAUCAGUGCUGAUGCUGACACUAAGACCAUCCUCAAUGAACCUCUUGAUGGGAUGCUUGUUCCAGUCUAA